CUCAAGUGCCAAGAGCGACAUGUUUUAGGCAGCCAACUAUCUUAUAAACCUCGCUUGGUUUGAAUCUACUGUCCCCCUCUCUGAUCGUCACUCUAAAUUAUCAUUCUACUGUUCGCAUUCUGAACUGCUCAUUCUACCCCUACGACAACCGAAAUCAGCGAAAUAUUCCUUUGUCACGCCAGCCCGUCAUGUCGGAUGCUUCAGCGGAGAGUAACAAUAACAACACCUCCACAGACGACGGCAAGCAUGUCCCAUUCAGCUACCAACUAGAACCUAUCCAGGCUCCUACCGCCGCAUCUCCAAACACCCCAGCACCCGCCGAACAGUCCAGUAACACACCAUCCUCCUCCUCCGCCGCCACCGCACCAAGCCCUCAAGCCAACACCAACAACCCACAACCCACAACACCACAACCAUCCAAACCCUCCGCAACCGAACUCUCCAAACCAACUCUCUCCCAACCACCCACCAUCCCCCCCAACCCGCAACCCCCCCCCCCCCCCCCCCCCAUCCACACCGCCGCAACCCUCCUCUCCACCCUCCUCACCUCCUCCUCCAUCCCCCACGCCAUCGUCGGCGGCGCCGCCCUCUCCCUCCUCCUCUCCCCCCGCCCUCGACAUCCUCCUCACCCCAAACUCCACACAUCCACCCCCAGCACGCCCCCGGUCGCCAUCACCCUCCUCACGCCCCCCGCCCUCUUCCACGGUCCCUUCUCCGCAGACACACCCACGCUGAUAGUCGAGCACGCAGGUGCACAGGCACGCGUGCUGCACCCCGUGCGGGCUGCAGGCGGAUAAAUGCCGUGUGAUGGGCAGGCGGGUGAGUGCGGCGAAGCGGGCGGGCGAUGCGUUUGAUAUUGUGCUUUUGCUGCGCUGGUUUGGCGGGGCGUGGGAUACGGGUGUUUCGGGAGGAUGGGCCGGGGGUGAGCGCGCGGUGGGUCGGGUGGUUUGUUGAGGGGGGGUUUGGCGGAGGCUUGGGCUGAGGAAGGGGGCCUGGAGG